GCGAAACACCAAAGCAAACAAACCCGGCCAACCCACCAGCUUCCUAGGACGUGAGGCGAACACAUCUGGGAACCAGUCUUCCACCUCAGGCUCUGUCUUCAGUAACUAUCGUUGCCUUAACAAACACGCUCAACCACCGGACGAAGCAAAUCAUGGCCGACAAGGGAAGUGCUGAGGCUCCACGGGAGGCGAAGCUUGAAGCCCAGAUCAAAUCCGCAGACAUGACCGACGAUAUGCAACAGGAGGUCAUCGAAGUUGCUCAGGAAGCGAUGGGUCGAUUUACGAUUGAGAAGGACAUUGCCCAACAGAUCAAGAAGACGUUCGAUGAGCGCAAGGGUCCGACGUGGCACUGCAUUGUCGGCCGCAACUUUGGAAGCUUUGUGACGCACGAGACGAAGCAUUUCAUCUACUUCUACCUUGGCCACUGCGCCAUCCUCCUCUUCAAGACCCAAUAAUGGGCGGGGCAACCGACCAUACGAUGACCGACCUUAAAAUCAGCCCGGAGUUCCCCUUUUAUUUUUGCCUUUUUGCUUCGAGGGACGCAGCAGCGUACGAAAGAAACGAGACUCUGAACUGUGGACGAGGAUCAAACGAGUACGGCAUGAUGCGAAUAUGGAAUCGCCUGUGUUCGGAAACGGAUUGGUCUGGGUAGCUUCGUCUAAGCGAGCCAUCGGGUCGACCUCGUCGAUGGAUAUAGUUCGCAGCGGGGCUGUUCUUGAGCAACUCGUUCUAGACAAUACCCAGUAUCAGGCCUGAAUCAUUUUAAGGUCAUAUCCAGUGCAGUAUGCGAUCAAACCUUGAGGGACCUGGCGAUAGCGCAAUAGAUGUUGCUCGAAGAAUCGAUCGAGCAAGCUAGGUGCGAGGUCCAUACCUACAAUGAAGGCCAAAACUGUACCG